AUGGCGUCAAUUAUUCCAAGCGUCAUAUUUACCUCAGUGACUACUGGGGAAGAUGAAAGAAAAGAUGAUGGCAACCACCCAGAGAGGAUCAUGAGAGCAAUAUGUGCGAUCAUCAGUAUAGGUUCCAUAGUUCCAAAUGUGUUAUUUCUCAUGGCAAUGUUGUGUAAAUACAGCAGAAUCAGAGCUGGUCAUCACAAUAUUCUUCUUUACAAUUUAAUCAUCUCUGAUAUACUUGCAGGUAUGGCAAUUUCAAUUACACCAAAACUUAUUCCAUCAGAAACGUUUGUGAACUCUCCCCGUGGUUUAGCAAGAGAUAUUUACUGUCGUUUGCUUUGGUCACAAUUCAUGGUAUUUUUGUUUGGUGUUGUAUCGGUUUAUACCGUUGUGUUCUUGACUGCUGAGCGAUGGGUGGCAGUACACUAUCCCUUCAAAUACAGAACUACUAUGUCCUCAACUAAAGCGAAGAUUUGUGUUUUGUUCAUUUGGUUGUUAGGAUUGCUAUCAAAUACACCACAUUUAACAGAAAUAAGCCCAAACGACAAUGAUGGUAUGGAGCCUUGCCAUUGGAAAUAUAAAGACUACCAAAUAAGGCAAAUUGUAGCAUUUCUAGAAAUCACGCUUAAAUUCAUCGCACCAUCUCUAAUACUGGUUUUAGUGUUAUUCUCUUUGUACAAAAAAUUUCACCAUCUAAACCCAGUCACCUGCACUACACGACCAGAUCGCGAGAAGCAACUACUGCGCAUGUGCGCUGCGACAUCAUUCACGGUUUUAUUAUGCUGGAGUCCAAAUCAAGUAUAUUAUCUUUUAUACAAAUUUAAUGUAGUAUCCAUCGGAACAACUUGGCAUCGUAUAACAGUGGCACUUGCUCUUUCCACGUCAGCUAUAAAUCCAAUGAUUUAUUGCAUUGCAAGUACAACUUAUCGCACGUGUUUAAAGCUUUUUUUGCGUGAAAUAUUCGGGAAGUGCACGUCAGGAGCACACUCAACACAGACAUUCCCUCUCGCAGAAAUGAGGUACCCGAAUUUGAGCAGACAACAAACAUUUGAUACUCCGUUUUUCAUUCGGAGAGGAAACGAACAAGCUAAUGGUGUUUCAACAAGUUUGCAAGUAACGUAACCUAAAAUAUGUUGUUACUU